AUGGCCGGUGUAUAUGAGGUUGGAACUGAGAAUGGUAAAUUUCUUUCUGGUGAUUCUGAUAUUCUCGUUGGACAUGUUGAGGUGAUCGUUGACAAGGGUUUUCGAAACGAAGUCUCUGGAUUGGAGACUGAUUCCAUUGAUCUUGAGUCUGCAACUGCAAAGGAUUGUCAGGUGAAAGGUGUCAACGGAGAAGUGAAUAUUAAAAGUGAAACAAAUGGGAAUCAUCUUGAAGUGGAGAAGGUAAAUGGGUCAGAAAAUGUAGUAGGGGAAACAAUUGAUCUUGAUUCUGGGAAAAUAACCAACACAGACUGUAGUCUGAUUCCAACUGAGACUUCUCAACCAUUGGAGGACUCAAAAUCCCAAGACACAGCCUCUCGGUUUUUGUUGUCUACUACUAAUGUAAUCAAGACUGUUCAAGAUACUUUGAGCCCAGAUUAUGCAACACAAAUGACCAACGAGACUGAACAAUUUGAGACAGAAGCUAUCGAUGAUCAAAUUAGAGAUGAGACUACAAUUUCACAGUUGGUAGAAGUGAGUGUUGAUAAAACUCAAACAAAUACCCAACAGCCUGCUACCGAAUAUGGGAAGUCAGAAAACAAGAAUGGGGAUAUAUUAUUAGAAAAACAUGGGGUUCCUCAAGUUACAGAGCAUCAGCGUGUUGAUGUUCUUGAUGAUAAACAAAAUGAAUUUGAAGUAAAGAAACCCAUAUUAAUCUUCCCAGAUACAUUUGAGUGCCCUGAAAUAAAGUUUCAGUUUGGUUCAUUCGGUGUUCAUGAGAAAGAUCCUAAUAACCUAAAUCUUGUGUUGGAAGUCUUGAACAGGGAGGCUGAACCCAUACGUGGAGUCAACAUUAACACUCCCGACACAAUUCUUGAUGAUUUACAAAACAAAAGUGCUGACAAGGCGACUCACUGCAUGAAUGAUGUGGUUCAACCAUAUAACAGGGUUCCAAGAUUUGAUGAUGAAGAGCUCAAGGAGCAGAUUAAAAAUGCUCAGUUGCAACUCGAUGAGAAGAUAAGGUGCAGAUAUGCAAUCUGGGCUGAAAUUCAAGAGAAUAGGGCAAUAUUGAAAGCCGAUAACGAGGCACUCAAAAAUGCAUACUUGGAGGUAACAGCUGCAAAGAAGUUACGUAAAUCAAAGCGGUCAGAUUUAGAAUCUAUUCUACAUUUGAUGAAACAAGUCAGGAAGGCUGAAGAUAUAGAUAACUCGCAUAUGCAUAAAGUGGAGCACAUGAUAGAGAUUCAAAACCAGAAAAAGAAAAUAAAGGAGCUCCUGAAUAAUAUAGCGGAGGAAGUUGACUCUUUAAAAGAUAGUGUUUUAAAAGCUGAAGUGGCUGCCUUAGUAAUAGGAAAAAUAUAUGAUGAAGAAUACGAAAAGGGAAAAGAACUACGAGCUCGAUUCCACGUUGCAGAAGAAGUCUGCCAACAAGCUUAUACACAUUUAUAUAGUUUGAAGAAACGUUUAUAUGACAAGAAAAAACUUUUCUAUAUGUACAAAGAAGAUGCGACUGCAGCAAGGAAUUGUGCAUCUGGUGGAGAUAAAGUUGCACUUCAUCACCCGUGUGUUAAUCAGGUGGAAAAAAUAAUGGAAGAAUCGAACUCAAAUGAAGAAUUUAGGAAAGACUACAUUAGUAGGACCACACCAAGUACACUUGUUGAAACUUCGCUUGAGAGUCAUAUGAAUGAAAGAAUUGCUGUGAAAGAAGUUCCUAUCUCAAGUAAAUUGGAACCCACUUCAGUAAUUUCAAAAGUUGAACAAGGAAAAAAGACCGUUUCGUGUGUGAGUGAUAUCUGCGAAAGAAUUGCUACGAAUUCAGUUUCUAUCUCAAGUGAAACCGAAUCCGUUUCAUUGGUUUCAAAAGUAGAACAAAGGAAAAAGACGACUUCAACCCCUGAGAACCAAACUAUCUGGAAAGUGGCUAGAAAGACUAAUCGUAUAAUGAAAACCACAAAACCAGUUAAAUUUGUAGUAAGAGAUUCAAAGUUCAUUUGUUUGAGUGAGAUAACGGAGGACGAAGAAAUGGAAAAAACUAUGGUGGAGGUUGAUAAGAAGGAAGAUGAACUAAGUAAAAAAGAGAUCGAAUGCAAUUUGAAAGAGCAAGUGCGGUUGGAGGAAAAGAGAAAAAUGAACGAGGCAAUCGAGAGGAAGACACGAAAUGCUGAAAAUGCCCAAAAACGGGCUGAGUUACGAGCUCAAAGGGAAGCCGAGCAGAGACAGAAGGUGAGGGAAAAACGGUUAAGAAGAAAGGAAAGAAAGAGGACAGUUGGUGACAACAAAGUGAACGAUGAAAAGAUUGUGGCAAAUGAGACUGAAAAACCACGGGCUGCGACACUGACAGUUGGAGACAGAAGGCAGUACCCACAAUUGUGGAAGAUGGUAGAUUCCUGA